AUGAGAAAUGUUCUCAAUGUAACCCACCCCUCAUCAUCCCUGUCCAAACCUUCAACCACUAAAGUGACUAGCCAGCUUCCCUUCUCAAAACCAAUAGGCCUGCUUCCUCCCAACGGAGGAGUCCCCCUCCCUGAAACAAUCCCCGCCACACAAACCCUAGAUUUAUCCGGUGUCGGACUAUUUUUUCCUGCUAGGGCUACACUCCAAGAACUGGAACUUGGGAUUGUAACCCUGAUUGACGAGGACAUCUUUGAAAGCUCAGGGUAUUAUGGUCCACAAAUCAUUGGAAAAGCACAAGGGAUUUUUGUUGCAAGUUCUGAAGAUGGGAGCAGUCACAUGAUGGCUAUGACUGCACAUUUCGCCGAUGGCAGAUUUAAGGACGGGUUAAGAUUUUUUGGGGUGCACCGGACGGACGUGGAUAAGCGGGACGGGUCUCAUGUUGCUGUCAUUGGUGGGAUUGGGAAGUAUGAGGGUGCAAAUGGCUAUGCAACUGUUAAUGCAGUAAAUAAUGCAGGGGCUAAUGCUAUUUGGGAAGAAGAAAACAAGCUUCUUAGGCUCAAUAUUUACCUCAGCUAG